AUGAUCACAAGCGGCAUGUUGAGGAAGGAGGCGGCUGAGCAGGCUAGUGAGGCCGGGCUCGUCCGCUCGAUCUCGUCCUCGUCGGAUGGCAGCUCGUCCGCCGAGGUCUUCCAGAGUGCCGAGCUCAGCGCUUGGGUGGAUCUGGUCAGCCCCAGCUGGAAGAUCGUGAGCGUCAUUGACGCGUUCCAAAUGUGCAUGGGGCUCGCGGAGGAGGAGGUCGACUUCCUCCCGCUGGUGGCGGUCGACCAGCGAGAGAGGUUAAUCUCGUUCGUGCAGAGGUUAAUCUCGUUCGUGCAGGAUGCGCACUUCAAAUCUCCAGACCGGGACGCCCUGGCCACCUUCGGAGAGCCCCUCUCUUUCUGCACUGUGUACACGCAGUGCCUGAAUCUCCGCCUCCGCGCGUCACUGAGGCUGGACUGGUGCCCCCACACUGGCCAGACGCCGCAGGCCAAGCACGUGUUUCGCCUGAGCCUCGGCGAGAUGUGCUGGCUCAGCGGCAGCCGACGCGUGCGCCGAAGGAGGCGCGCGCCCCUCGGGACCCCUGGCGCCUUUCGGGGCGCGGCGAGUUGCAAGCUCACGGCGCAACGGACGCAAGCAGAUUUAAGCCUCAAUCACAUAUGCCAUCAAUAA